AUGGACUCGUUCAGCUCUUUGACUGCGCGCAAAAUGGACCGCGCAGCUGCUACCAGACAGAAGAGCUGCAACGCCUGCGUGAGAGGGAAGCGCAAGUGCGACAAGAAGACACCGCGGUGCACUCGCUGUGCAGCAAAGGGCCUCGACUGCGUCUACCAGAGGCUGCCGCCAGGAGCAGGCUUCCACGACGACGAUAUAGUGACCGGGCUUGGUUCCUCCAAUACCGAUUCCUUGGACGACGUUCCCGACUUUGAUAUGGGCUUUGAUAUCAACAACCUGGGAGCAACAGAUUCUAGCGCCAGUGCUAGUGUCAGUAACAACACGCCCGAGAGUCUUGACAGGGCCAACCCGUCGUCGAUAGAGCUUGAUUCUCCCCUCGACUUCUCCAUCAUCGAUCACCUCAUGGCUAACAAUACUUCUGUUGGUUCCGAGCUCUGGAGCCUGAGCGACUAUGGCAGUAAUAGCAAACUGAGCAUACCGCCCGUGCCGUCCAUGCCAGUCGGACCCCUAGUCAUCCGCGAUAUAUCCUGCUUGGAAAUAAUAGAGCCCUGCAUGGGCGACUUCAACCCCUUGGACGUGUACGAUACUCGCACCCGCGUGGGAUACACAGUGGACGUCAUCACCAACCUCUACCGCGACUUUGCACGAACCCGUCGCCUCCCCUUCAUCCACCCUCGUCUCUACGGCUCCAACCUGCCCAAGACGAUGCUGGCCGCCUUCUCGGCGGCAUCUGCAUACUCGGCCCGCACGCAAGAGAACAGAAGUUGGGUGUACAAGCUCAUCGGCGACAUGGCGCGCGAUAUCCAUCGCGAAGGCGAGCGCGCAUCGACGCCGGCGGAGAAGCUCGCGCGGGUGCAGGCCAUGGUGGUGCUGGAUACGAUCCGCAUGUUCGACGGCGACGUGACGAUGAGAGCGACGAGUGAGCGCGAGCUGCCGCAGUUUCUGGCGUGGAUGUUUGCGCUCAAGGAGCUUCAGGACGAGCUUGCGGUGGACGAUGAUCCGGCUGCUACUACAAUGAAGGGGCCGCCACCACGGAGUUGGGAGAGUUGGUUGCUUUCUGAGAGUAUACGCCGAACCAUCGUCAUGGCGUUUGCCUACGUGUGCAUGGCAAGCAUCCUCAAGUCCUUAGAGCCACCCUGCGAAAUCAUGGAUGCUUCCAGCUUCCAUUUCACAGCGUCGAGAUAUCUGUGGGAAGCAGACUCCUCGAUGGCCUUCUUCAGAGCGUGGCAAACCAAGCCGCAGUACCCUGUACGGAACCUCGACUUUAAGGGUGUCUGGUUGCAUGCGCAGCCGGAGGAUGUCGAUGAGUUUACAAAGCUAAUGCUGACUGCGCAAAUGGGCCCCGAAGCCAUCGACCAGUUCAUGCUUGGCAAGGUGUUCUAA